GGAGUGCGCCGGCGCGAGGGGGCGGCGCCGUCUCUAUGGCAACCCGCGCGCUGCCCGGGCCGCUGUGUCCGGCGGGAGGCGAGGGUGUCGCGGCGCUGGCUACCGGCGGGGCUCCGAGCGCAGAGGGGCCCGGGCGGCCGGGGCCGCUUAAGGAUGAGACCUUGGGCGUGGCGUCCGUGCCCUCGCAGUGGAGGGGCGUCCAGGGCAUCCGCGGGGAGACGGUGUUCACCUGGGCCCUGUCCUCGCAGAGGUCUCCCGUCCGCUGGUUCACUCCCCAGAUGGCAGCAACGGCCGGAGCUGGCUGGAUCUGGAGCCGGGAGCGGGAGCUUCUUCUGGAUCCGUCUUGGCCAUCUUGGCCAUCUCCGCUGCCCCCCCAGAAAAGCUGCCAGACGGCUAGCAUCGCCACCGCGGAGGCCUCUGCCCAGGCCCGGCAGCAUGUGGACGCCCAGGUGCAGACGGAGGCCCCCGAGCCGCCCAGCGUGCAGCCGCUGUCGCACCAUGACGCCCCCCGGCUUGCAGCCUUUCUUCGGAGAGUGGAGGCCAUGGUCAUCCGGGAGCUGAACAAGAACUGGCAGAGCCACGCCUUCGAUGGCUUCGAGGUGAACUGGACCGAGCACCAGCAGACGGUGUCCUGUCUGCACACUCUGGGCUACCCCCCCGCCCAAGGGCAGGGGCUACAUGUGACCAGCGUCUCCUGGAACAGCACCGGCUCCGUGGUGGCCUGUGCCUACGGCCGGCUGGACGAUGGGGACUGGAGCACACUCAGGUCCUACGUGUGUGCCUGGAACCUGGACCGGCGAGGCCUGCACCCGCGGCAGCCGUCGGCAGUGGUGGAGGUGCCCAGUGCCGUCACGUGCCUGGCCUUCCACCCCACGCAGCCAGCCCACGUCGCAGGAGGCCUGUACAGUGGUGAGGUGCUGGUGUGGGACAUGAGCCGGCCCGAGGACCCGCUGCUGUGCCGCACAGGCCUCUCCGACGACACCCACACAGACCCCGUGUACCAGGUGGUUUGGCUGCCCGAGCCCCGCCACGGCCACCGCUUCCAGGUGCUGAGCGUGGCCCCCGACGGCAAGGUGCUGCUCUGGCAGGCGGGCGGCGCCGGCCGCCUGCAGCUCGCCGAGGGCUUCGCCCUGGCCACGCAGCAGCUGCCGCGCAGCACCAAGCUGAAGAAGCCCUCCCGGGGGGAGACGGAGGUGGGCGCCACGGCGGUGAGCUUCUCCAGCUUUGACCCCAGCCUCUUCGUCCUGGGCACGGAAGGCGGCUUCCCCCUCAAGUGUUCCCGGGCGGCCGAGGAGGCGGCCCUCACGCGCAUGCCCAGCUCGGUGCCCCUGCGCGCCCCGGCACAGUUCACCUUCUCGCCGCACGGCGGCCCCGUCUACUCCGUGAGCUGCUCCCCCUUCCACAGGAAUCUCUUCCUGAGCGCGGGCACCGACGGCCACGUGCACUUGUACUCGAUGCUGCAGGCGCAGCCCCUCGCCUCGCUGCAGCUGUCGCACAAGUACCUGUUCGCUGUGCGCUGGUCCCCAGUGCGCCCCUUGGUUUUCGCAGCUGCUUCUGGGGAAGGGGAGGUGCUGCUGUUUGACCUCCACAGGAGCUCCCAGAAGCCCACAGUUUCCAUCAAGCAGACCCAGGACGGGAGCCCCGUCUACUGCCUGGAAUUCAACCACCAGCAGACGCAGCUCCUGGCUGCUGGUGAUGCCAAGGGCACCGUGAAGGUGUGGCAGCUGAGCACAGAGUUCACCGCGCAGGGACCCCGGGAAACAGAGGACCUGGACCGGCUGGCUGCCGAAGUGGCCACCUGAGGGCGCCGGGGGCGGGGCAUGUCUCUGAGCUGAAUGAAGGAGCAAAGCCUUUA